UCUAUUAAAAAAAAAUUACAUAAAAAUUCGCGUGAUUGUGAAAAAAAAAUAUUUUCUUCUGCUACUAAAAUUCUUAAUAUUAAAAUUGAUUUUAUACUAGGAAAAGAACAAUAUUCAUCAUCCUUGUCUGCAUUAAAAGCAAAGUAUGGAUCCUUAAAUGCGGACAAUAAAAAAUGUAUUUUAAAUUCAUCUUUGACUAUGAAUAAAAAUAAUUCUAAAAUUGAUGAAAUACCUAAUCCACAAUGCACAAUUUUUUCACCUGACAAUCUCGAAAUGGCUUGGACAGAUAAUUAUAAAAUUAUUGGCUCUGGGUUAGCAAAUUUAGGUAAUACCUGCUAUAUGAAUAGCACCCUUCAAUGUCUUACAUAUACACCUCCUUUAGCUAAUUAUUUCAUAAAACAUCCACACAUUGAAAAUUGUCAUGUACAAGGUUUUUGUAUGGAAUGUGAGAUUGGAAAACACAUAAAAUUUUCUUUAUCAAAAGUUUAUAAUGUUUAUAAGCCUCUAAACAUAUUGCGUAAUCUUAAAUGUAUAGCCAAACAUUUCAAUCCAUAUAAACAAGAAGAUGCACAUGAAUUUUUUAUUCAUAUUGUUGAAGCUAUGCAUAAAAGUGGUGUUAAUGGUUAUUCAAAGUUGGAUAAAUUUAGCAAGCAAACUACAAUGAUCAAUCAAAUAUUUGGAGGUUACCUUAGAAGUAGAGUUAUAUGUAAGAUGUGCCAAAAGCCUUCGGACUGUUAUGACCCAUUUGUUGAUAUAAGCCUUGAUGUUAAAGGAACUUUUAAUCUAAAUGUGGCACUCAAACGAUUUAUAGCUCCCGAAAUAAUUCAAAACGAAAAUGCUUACAAAUGUGAAGAAUGCAAGAGGAAAGUUCCGGCCCAAAAAUGCGUCACCAUCCAUAGACCCCCUCGCGUUGGUGUUUUCCACCUCAAACGAUUUACCGCCUCGGGCAAUAAAAUUACCCAUUUUUUUGAAUACCCCGAAAGGCUCGAUAUGACGCCUUAUCUUAGUCAUGAUUGCAAAGAGCAGGCGAGUAAUGACUUAGUUAUUAACAUGCACUAUCGACUUUACGCUGUUUUGGUGCACAGCGGCUAUUCGACCAAUUACGGCCACUAUUUUUGCUAUUGCAAAGCCCAAAAUGGAUUUUGGUAUCGGAUGGACGAUGCUAAUGUAACCCAAACGUCUUUACAGAAAGUUCUUAGCCAGGAAGCCUACAUAUUAUUCUACAUUCAGGAAGACAACGACAUCAAAAACUUCCAUAAUAACAAGGCUCACCCAAAUCACAUUCUAUCUAAUGGCGUCGCCUCAUCAAUCUUUUACAAAAAUCAAAGCUCAAUUCAAAACAAUACAAAUAGUAUCAAAGCACGCCAAGAUAUUAAUAAUAAUAGUAUACUAGGACCUAGUUCAAACGAUGUUGCUACCAAAUCACAUCUUGAUAUCGGUGCUAACUCAAAUGAUAUGGCCAUUAAAUCACCCCUUAAUAAUCGCGAGAUAAAAUAUGGCAGUCAGUCUAAUUUAAGGCACGCCAGUUUAAAUGAUAAUUUGAAACCUAAAAUAAUUAAUGGGUUAACUCACAUGCUAGUUCCUUACCCGGAAUCGCCACCAACUCCUAACUUGGAGAAUUUGAAGAAUCUUAACCCAACUUCUAACUCGAAAAUGCCGUCGAAUAACAUGGAUGAGACGACUAGUAACGAUAAAUCAAACGGGACCAAUAAAAAAUGGAAAGAUUUUAAUUCCAAGUAUAACUCAUUGGCCGCUUCCUUCGGCAUCAACAGAUCUUCGACCAGUCAUUCAAAUGGCAACGAUAAUCAGAAUUAUGGUGCAGCUACUGAAAAAUUGACAAAUACACCGAACCCCGCCAAACAUUCCAAGAUUAGUUUUAGUUUAUUUAGCGGUAAAAGUCCAGUUUUAGCCAUUACGCCAUUCAAAAAUAAUAGUAGUAAUUCAUCAAAAGUUUCUACCACAUCUCUCGACCAAUCGAGUUCCGCGAAAGUCGAUAAUACCCCCAGCGAAAAUAAUUUCAAUCUAAAUAAUAAUGAUUCUAAUAAUAUUAAUAACGACACGCUGUCAAAUGAAGAGCUCGGUAAGAGGGUACACGGAAAUCUUAAAAUUAUUAUUAAGAAAAAGAACCAAAUUGACAAUUCUCGUUGCACGUCCUAUAUCGCGGAAUUGUGUGAUGAUAAUAAUCAUAUACCUUCAAAAUCUCAACCGAACUCUACAAAAGUUAUUAUGAACACGAACAGAAAGUCUUCUAAUGAACCCAUCGAUACUACUGAAUCUAUCACUAAUCUCGAACCGAUUUUAGACCAAUCGGCUAAAAUCCUGGACUCAAGUACUAGAACCAAUUCAAACGAUUCAGAGCUUUAUAAACGCAAACACUCGCGACGUCAUAGAGACCAUAAAAAUCGCCACAAGGAACAUAAAAACCGGGAGAAAAAAUUGCGCAUAGAAAUCAACAAUGGAAAAAGUCUUUUAAGUGGUUCUAGCACCAACUCAAAUAAACACCCCCCAAAAUCGGAAUUAGGAGUUAGAUUAUCGCAAACGUUAAACAAUGGAUUGGAAGACUGUGAAGAUGAACGGAAGAAGCCUCACAAACAUAAAAAGAAGAAAAGAAAACGUAGUAGAGAAAGACUGGUCGACAGUUCUAGGAUACGUGCUGCUGCGAAUGACGAAAUAGUUGAUAAUCGUAAAAUCGAAAACCUCGAUCAGCUGACAAACAACGUUAGGUCAGAUGAUGGUAAGAAGGAUACUAAAAAUAUGAUCGCGACAAUUGUUAAUGCUGCCGACAGCGAAAAAAAUAAUCAAACUCAAGGGGCCUCGUCCCUGUAUACAUUUCCAUUCAAGAAGGACGUUAAACCAACAAACACAAUGCAUUAUAAUAACGCCGCUGAUAUCAUUACAAAUUCUACUCAUUCGCCCGUUACAAAUUUCGAUAAAAAUCAAUCGUUAAAAUUAUACCUAUCGCAGAAUAAACUGAGCCCAUAUUCCAAAAAUUUUGGUUCUAACAGGAACAAAGUUAGAACAUUGGAAGAUCUAAAUAACAACCCAACCGAAGCUGCGGAUAAUAUUUUCAACUCGUCUUAUAAUAACAAAAUUAACCAGCCCAAAAAAUUUAGACGCAAUUAUUCGUUCAACGAUCUGAACGGAAACGCAAAUCGCCACUCAAAAUCUUCGAAUAAAGAAAAAACUUUAUUUAUUUUUCCUAAAAAUCCGUUUCAAUCCUUUUUAGAUAACAAAUUGAAAUAAAUUUUCUCGACAGAUAGCUUUUAGAGAUGUAUAUAUGUUUUCAUUCAUUCAUUGUUACGCGAUUUUGAAACAUUGCUAAGUUUUCUUUUUCAAAAAAAUAAAUAUAUUACAUAUUUCAAUUUGUAAUUUAUAUUAUAUUUAUUCAAACCCGACACUGAUUUAUGCUAUGUUAUGAUAUGAUAAUAUAUUUAAAUAAUUACGUUUCAAAAUACAUCCCCCCAAAAAAUAUAAUAUUUAUCUGCAAAAAAAUUUGAAGUUAUUUUUUAAUGUACACAAUUUCUUACCCAUUUUUUUAUUAGCAAUUUAAAAAAUUAUCAUUUAUUUUCGUAACGAAUAUUUUGUUUUGUAAUAUGAAAGAAAAUACAUAUUU